AUGGAGAAAGAGGAAAUGCAACGUACCGCGAUGUUUAGUUGUCGCACGCGUAUGAAAUCAACUAUAGCAUCGAUUAGGGUGUCCAUACUUUUCGUGGUUUCAAUGUACACAAAAUUUUGCGAGGAGACCACGCUACAUGGCCUAAAGCAUACUGUCGCGAGGAAUUUUCACUUUAUCGAAAGAUUGCUAUGGUUGAUUUUAACCUCACUGGCGUUUACUGGUGCCGUCUACUGUGCGCUCAGUCAGUUAACAAGAUACAAUUCUGAGCCCGUCGUGGUUUACCUGCAACGGGACUAUCGUCGAUGGGCCUUCAGCUUUCCCGCGGUGACCGCUUGCUUUCUGGAACGUUCGGACCAGGAAAAAACCAAGGGGGUUAUACGAAGAAUCUGGAAUAUAACGGAGGACUCGGAUCCGGAGAAAUUUCAAUACUACCAAGAGUUCGUGGAUCUUAUCUCCGACGUAUCCUUUCGUGAGAACCUUCAGAACUUCUGGAAGUACCAGAACGAUGAGAGCCUCAAGGGUGUUGAUCUAUUGCAGCUGGCUAUUGACGUACACCCCGAUGUCAUCUUGAACGUUUCAGUCUCCCACCAGCUAGAGAUUCUCUGGGUCCCGGUGAUGACUGAAGAGGGGCUCUGCAUGACCUUCAACUCCGUCUACUCUCAAUACCAGCAGGUCGGUGACGUCACGGCACGACCCGGCCUGAUGACGUGUCACUACCACAGCGAGUUCUGCUUUGUCAGAAUAGAUGCCAUGAACCGGGGAGUCAGGGUGGUGGAAAUUGAAGCAGAUGGACGUAUUAAAAAUUUGAGACCAGAGCAGAGAAGAUGCCAAUACCCGGACGAAUGGCUGGCGGAUUCCAUUAAGUUCUUCUGUGUGAAGCUUACGCUGAACGAGAGUCCAGAAAAACAAUUACAUGUAGUUAAUUUGCGCGAUGAAAUCCAAGAUGGCGAAGUCUGCGACUCGGACGGCAUGGCGUGCAUCGGCAGAAACGUGGAGAUCCUUGUCAACCUGCCCAAGAACCUCGCCAAGUGCCCCUGCGCCCCACAAUGCGCGGAGCUCAACUAUUACUCACACACAAAGAAGAUCGUUGUUCGGUAA